AAACAACACAAGUCACGGAAARAAAAAAAAAAAAACAUGCCAAAAUAAGAAACCAAAAACCAGUUUGUUAAACUACCAGUGAGUGAGGAGGCCUGGAGGUGGUCUGAGGGUUACAAACAGCAGGAACAACAAUGGAGGGGCUGUGUUUGUGAACACGCUGGAUUUGAGUUUUUUUUUUUUUUAACUCAAAACAAACAAAAAAGGGACUGAAAAUUUGUUUCACUUAUUUUUUUAACCUUCUUGCACGGAUGCGACCAUCAACAAACAUGUAAGUUUGGCUGCUUACGUUGACAAGCCUUUGAUCUUAUGAGGAGUUUGGGCAACUUUUAAAAGUUGCUGCUGGUGGAAGAGGAGGAGGGAGGGAGGUAGGUGGUGUUGUGGAGCAGAAUGGCUCGAAAAAGGUGCGUGGAUUAAAAAAAUGUGCGCGUGAGCCGCAAACAAAGAGAAGGCAUGAACAAUGGCUGAGAGCAAGGGGAAUGAUGCGGGUGUGUACCGCAGCGUCUCUUUCAAAAAGCUGGGCUCCGGCAGCAGCUGCAGGAGGAGGGAAGAGGAGCAGAAGAAGUCGCGGGAUUCGGAGGCUGUUGGCGUCAGCAGAGCUGCAGCAGGAGCGUCCCCGGCGGCGCGUAAUGCGUCAAGAAAAGUUUCCAAAAUCUCAGCCGCCGCCAGCCUCCCAACCGCAGACUCAAAGAGAGCCUCCUCCGCCUCUCUCCCCUCCGUGUCUCCAUCCAUCCGACAGCUUACUGAAAAGUUUAGCAGCAACAGCAGCGUCCUCCGGGCUCGAAGCUCCGGCAGGACACACGGGUCUCCGGCUCGUAAAUCUCCCCAGGAGGAGGAGGAGGAGGACAAGGACGGCCACGCCGCGAGCGCGGAGUCUCCGCUGGACGCUAAAAAGUUUCACUCCGGCACCGAUUCGGUCUCUGGCUCGGACACGGAGAGGAGAAGCGAGAGGCGGGUUUUCUGUUUGUCCGCCGACAGCGGCGGCUACCCCGGUAAGAGAGAUUAUUCUCAGAUUAACGCGCGAGCCGUUCAUCUUAAAAAGAGUUUGACCACAGACGAGGAAGAAGAGGACGUCAGAGGGGUCCCCCCGCCUUGUAAAUCCCACAGAAGUUACCAACACGGUGACCUGAUUAUCCCCUCACAUUCUGACAAGUGGCCCAGCGUGACCAAAAUAAGGCAACUUUUCGAUGAGAAGGGAAGCAACGCGUUGCCUCUGCACAAGACCAACACAUGUGAGAGUUUAAAAGCAGCUGGCAGGAGGCAUUUACAGGAGCCAGGCUGCACAGAGAAUGCUCCUCUCUCGGAUAGAAGUGGCAGCUCUGCUAAUGAGGACCUGACUUUGCAUGUGACCAGAGAGACUUCUUGUUGCGAUACAGACUUUUACUCCAAAACUCAUCAGUGUUCAAAUGAUGAGGGACUGAACAUAGAAACAAACAAAGUGUCUGAUGUAAACACGUUUAGUAGCAGUUGUCACACUGGUCGCUACCAAAGGAUUAACUCGUCCUUAUACAGAUCCCGGAGUCCCAGCACUGAGUCUGAGGCAACGUGCAGGACCCCCAGAACAUCAGGAUCGACAUCUGACCCUAAACCUGACCUUCAGCCCUGCACUACUUUGUCCAGGAGCGGAUCUGCGAGCUUAGACGCCUCCUCUUGCUCCUCCUCUGAGCAGCAGCCAACAGAGAGGGGGAGAAGGGACACACAGGGGGUCGGGCUGCCCAGGGAUAGUUUACAUUCCUCGCAUAGCUCCUCUAAAGCACCAGCCCCCACCACCUCCUCCGCCUCCUCUGCUCCAGCUCCAGAUAAAGCCAUUAACUCCUGCUCCUCUACUGUAGCUAUUUCCUCUGAGCCAGCCACMGUUUGCACUUCUCUCAGCUCCCGUUGGAGGUUAAACUCAGCGGACGAAGAGGAGGCGCACACCAGGAGGAGAAGGGGUCAUAGUUCUGACCCUAAGCCCUCUGGCACCUGCAGGGGAGGGGAGAGGACUGCCACAGAGCGAGGAGGCAGCUAUUUAUCCCGCAGUAAAAAUGGCUGGUGGGGGGCUAAUAUCAUUGGCAGGUCCUCGGGCAGCGAGGAGGACAGCCCCACUUCUUUAGGCCCCCACUGUCGAGAGACAGUGCGCCGCCGCUCUUUAAGAAAGAAGAAGAAGGUCAGCGGGGUCACUGUGGCAAGCCACGAUGAUUACAAUGAUCAUGAUGGUGAAUCAGAAGACAGUGACAGUGACACAGCCUUGACAAUGGAUCACUUAGGGAAGCAACAGAACACUGGGGAGGUUCCAGGGAGGAUUCAUAGGAGCCACUCAGCACGAGAACACGGUAGUCACAGUUACAGGGCCAAGGUCCAGCACUGGGAGCGUAUCACCUCACCUGUGAUGCCCAGCACGCUCCCUGGUGUAUCACGGGUUUCAAAAGUUAACAUCCCUCCUUUUAUUUCCAGUCCUGUGGGUUCACGCUGCAGUAGCCGGUACUCCAGCACAGAGACGCUGAAAGAGGAAAACCAGGGUAGCUACRUCAACCGUUCAGCCAAUGUGUUCCUUAACAGAAGUGGAGCAGAAGGUGGCACAAGCAGAACUGCAUCAUCAUCCGUGCUGAGUAAAACUUACCAUGGGAAUUUUACUAUGUACCGUUCCCCAAGCUUUGGCCAUGGGGAUAAUUUCUCCCGUGCCCCUUUUCGAAUGCGCCCAAAAUUAAUGCCAACAGUAACUCCAACAUUGAAUGCACCUCCAGGAGACGGUGAGGGAUCUUCUGAGAUUAGAAGUGGUGAGGCAGGUGUAUUAAAAAUGAAAACAUGGAGAGGUGAUGAAGACAAUAGUAUAAAGCUUAUUUCCACAUCCAACCCAGAUAUUACAUCAGAAACCAUGAACCUCUUAAGCUUUCUGAAAUCUGGCCUACCAGGACUCAAAGUGCGGAGAACAAAUGAAGGGGACAAAAGUGGUGCUGAGGAGGGUUCAGCGUCAUACAGAAAGGGAUAUGGCCCUCACGGAAGAACUGUUCUACCUUUGGGUCGCCGCCCUUCUUUGAAAGAUCUAACUGCAACAUUAAGACGCACAAAAUCCUUCACUUAUUCUGACAAACCAACAAGUGCCAAGUGUUACUUGACAGGUGGCACCACCAAAAGGAGCUCCUCUGAACAGCAGCUCGACUUAGAUGACGAUAAGGAUGACGUGAGGGUGGUGUUGUCAGACAGGGAAGUAGAAAGUGAUGGCGGGGAUUUUAGAGUUGGGCGAGGACUAAAAACGAGACAUUAUGGACUGGAUGAUGAUGAAGAUGAGUACAAAGUGAUGCAGACUCCAUUUCAAGAGAGGUGUGUACAGGAAGCUAGGCAGGUCAUUCAAGAUAUCUGCCAGAUGUGCACAAGAGAAGACGACGAUGAUUAUGGAAGUGUAAAUUCAACUGUGGAUAAAUCAGAGGGUAAAUCUCUACAGGUCAAGAAAACUAGUGAAGAGAAGGGAAAAGCAGGAGGCAUUAAAGAUGAGACGAGAUCAGCUCUAGAGGCCGAGUCUGAGAAUGCCAAAGACAAAGAUAAACAUGAGCAGGAGAGAGAGAACAGUAGGAGGCAGAGGAGUGGACAAAGUAUGCAGCUGGAGAAACUAAACAGUGGGGGUACAGAGUGCUGGGAGAAGCCAAAGAGAGAGAUCAGAGAGCAGGAGGGAGCUUUACAGAAGGGUGGCUUGGAGGAACGCGUGCUCUACAACCGCUCCUUGGAUGAACUUUCAGGCCACGAGUCAAGUUUAACCGACGAGGGGAUUGUAACGGAGCCAGAGACAGGUCCCAGUGACCUCUCGGAGAGGUCRUUCCUGGGCUCAGCAGUGGUUAAUUUAGGGUCAAGAUUAGGAAGGGAAGUUCUUGUGCAGCCAGUAGCUGGAUGGAAGCAGUCAGCACAUGAUGUGGAAAGCUUCAAGCAGGAGGGAGCAACAAUGACAGAGAACAGCCUGAGGUGCACAAAUCGUCUGAGUAAAGGGAGUUUGCCCUGUUUGGUGACGCUUCCUGUAUGCAUGGCUCAGAAUGACAACUUUAUGGAAGUGAGCGAUGCUGCUUGUAUAAACACUGGCAGCGAAGGAAUGCACAUUAACAAUGCUGUGUCACAGGGGUCAGCCACGACUGCAGGAGGAGGGGGUGGGGUAUUUGAAGCCCCUGCAACUCCAGGUACUAAUCGUCGGAGGCGCAAGUUCUCCCCACCUGGUAACAACAACACAAGCUCUGAGUCCAGUAAUGGCAGUCAUGCUGAUUCAAUAAUAACUGCUGUGGGAAAUGGGGAGUCGACAGUGUACCGUUCUCUCAGUGACCCCAUGCCUCAGCGGCGCUGCUCUGCUGCGGAAGAAGGGAGCAACAACUUUAGUUCUGUGGACAGCAACCUUCUGGGUUCCUUGUCUGUCAAAGGAGGAGGGGGAGGUGCAACAGAGGCCUCCUCUACGUCUUCAGUGUCAGAAUACAAAGGCAGUGUAGCAAGUGACUUAUCUGUAUACAGUGAUGGGGGUCUCAGAGACGAUGGCAUCCAAGACUACAGUGGGGUGAUCAGGAACAUUGUAGCUGAGCCAGGUGCAAUGAACAGACUGGUCACAGAUGACCACAGCAACGGCAAAACCCCGAAGAAAAAGUCUUUCAGUGACCCCAGUCGUCGCAGUGAUGCUCCUUUACUGUCCCAGAACGACCCUCAGUUUAAAGGGCAAACUGGCAGUCCUCAGCCAAUCAGUGAGCUGGAUCAAUCUGGACAGAUCCCUCCUUCUAGCAGUGAGCCAAUCCUGAGUGAACAAAGAGAGGAAUUGUGGGAAUCAGAGUCUAAACCUACACAGAUCCAGGUCAAGAUUUCAGAUUGUAGUCAUCACUCUGAUAACCCAGAAGAUGAAGAUAAUGUUAUUUGCCAUGGUGGAGAGGAGGAGGUGCAGAAGUUUAAUUUUGACAUUAGGCUAGCCGAGGUCUUUUCUCCUCGGAAGGUACGCCGACCGACUAGAAAACGCCCCAAUAGGUUGGCGUUUUGUCCUGAUGAGGACCAGUUUGAACCUCUCGAAUUGGACUCAGAUGUGCAGGAGGAGCCCCGCAACCAAAGCAGGCUUGUGUCCUCUCCCCCGUUUUUAUCACCAAAAUCAAAACCCCAACCCAAGCAUGUUCGCCAUGCCAGUGAGCCUGCCACCUUCAUCCCCAUUUCCCCACCUCCACAACUCCAACCGCUGAAGGAAGUGGACUCCUUCACAGUCCAGUCUACCGUAGAGCCGCUGAUUUUAAGCGAACAAACAGGAGAUGUGGCCUCACCUUUUGAGGACAUGACAAAGAAACAUAUUCCUGGACCCCACACAACGAAUGCAGAGGCCAGUUCUGUUCGGGGAUCGAGUGGUGAAGCCCAAGGUUUAUUGACUACUUCAGAGGGCCCCAGUGAAAUCAGCAACAUUGGACUUACCGAAUCUGCACCUCAGAAAGGAGUUGCAGAGGACUCUCCACCUGUUCCAGCUCCACAGAGUACUAAACCAAAAGUGGACAUGAGAAAACAUGUGAUGAUGACUCUCCUGGACACGGAACAGUCAUACGUGGAGUCGCUCCGCACUCUAAUUCAGGGAUACAUGCGUCCUCUGAAACAGCCGGACGGUGGAUCCAUCGUAGACCCUCUGCUUGUGGAUGAGAUGUUUUACCAGAUCCCAGAGAUCCUGGAUCACCAUGAGCAGUUCCUGGAGCAGGUCGCUGGCUGCCUUGGUCAGUGGCACGACAGGCAGACUAUUGGACACAUCCUCAUCCAAUCAUUCUCCAAAGAGACUCUUGCCAACAUGUACUCAGCGUACAUCGACAACUUCCUCAACGCCAAAGACGCCGUGAGGAUCGCCAAAGAGGCCAAGCCGGCUUUCCACAAGUUUCUGGAGCAAAACAUGCGCGAGAACAAAGAGAAACAGGCUCUGGGCGAUCUGAUGAUCAAACCGGUGCAGAGGAUUCCUCGAUACGAGCUGCUGGUUAAGGACUUGUUGAAGCACACCUCAGAGGAUCACCCGGACCACUCGUUGCUGCUGGACGCCCAGAGGGACAUCAAGCGCUUGGCCGAGAAGAUCAACAAGGGCCGUCGCUCCGCCGAGGAAGCAGAGCGGGAGGCCAGGGUUAUCCAGGAGAUCGAGGCGCACAUAGAGGGGGUUGAACAUAUUCUGAAUCCACAGAGGAAGUUCUUGAGACAGGAAAUAGUCAUGGAGGCGAAGAUGGUGGGCGGAAAGAAAGACCGCUCGCUCUUCCUCUUCAGUGAUCUGAUCAUCUGCACCACUCUGAAGAGGAAGUCCGGGUCAUUAAGACGCAGCUCAAUGAGCCUAUACUCUGCUGCUAGUGUGAUCGAUACGUCCAGCAAAUACAAGUUUCUAUGGAAGCUUCCUCUUGAGGACGUGGAGGUGGUGAAAAGCUCGGCUCAGGCGACGAACAAAGAGAGCAUCCAGAAGCUGAUCAGUCGACUGGAUGAAGAUCUGAGCACACUGGGUCAGAUCAGCAAACUGUCAGAGACCCUCAGUUUCCCACAUCAGUCCCUAGAUGAGGUCAUAAAAGACCUGAUGGCGUCUGUGCACAAAGAACUGUCAGAGAAGCAAUCUUUGGCUUUCAGCAUGACGUUCCUGCCCACCAAGCUGGAGUUCACCACCACCUCUGCCGAGAGCACCUUCGUCUUCGAGUUCAGCUCUCCGGACGCUCGCUCCAGCUUUGAACAGGCCUUCGAAGAGGCCAAGAAGAAGCUCGCUAUGAACAAGGACCAGUGGGACCCAGAGUUCCUUAAGGCCAUCCCUAUAAUGAAGACCCGCAGUGGGAUGCAGUUCUCCUGUGCCUCUCCCAGCCACAGCUGCCCUGACAGCGGCUGUGAGGUGUGGGUGUGCAACAGCGACGGAUACGUGGGACAGGUUUGCUUGUUGAACAUCAAAGACGAGCCCACGGUGGAGGCCUGCAUCGCCGUCUGCUCGGCCAGAAUCAUUUGUAUCGCUGCCGUUCCCGGACUCAAAGGAAGGGACCGUGGGUCUGAACCGUUCCCAAACUUGGGGACCCUGGGUCCAGCCCAGCAGCAGCUCCACAUAUCCAUCUCUCCAUCCAAUCUGGAGCUGACCACGCAGCCGACAGGCCCGGGUGCGGAGCUCGUGCCAUUCGACAGCGAUGACACAGAUGACGAAGAUUCACCGAGCCCCUCCUCCACUCUGCAGAGUCAGGCCAGUCGCUCCACCAUCUCCUCCAGCUACUGCAACGACGAGGGUCCGAGCUCCAAAGACAUGGCCACGGAGACCACCAGCAGCGAGGAGGAGCAGGAGUUCCCCGCCGCGAGCUCCUACAGCGCCCCGGGGAUGCUGGGAGUGGGCGGAGGGGGUCGCACUAACACGGAGAGCCCGAUGGACGGGCGAGCCAUGCGGCGGUCCUCUCGGGGGUCGUUCACCCGGGCCAGCCUGGAGGACCUGCUCAGCAUCGACCCAGAGGCCUAYCAGAGCUCCGUGUGGCUGGGCACGGAGGACGGCUGCAUCCACGUGUACCAGUCCUCAGACAACAUCCGCAACCGUAAGAACAGCAUGAAGAUGCAGCACUCAGCCUCCAUCCUCUGCAUACUGUAUUUGGAUAACAAAGUGUUUGUGUCCUUAACGAAUGGAGAGGUGGUUGUUUAUCAGAGAGAAGCAGGUAGCUUUUGGGACCCUCAGUCGUCUCAGAUAUUAAUUCUUGGUACGCCCAGCAGUCCGGUCACCAAAAUGGUCCCAGUUGGAGGGAAACUGUGGUGUGGCUCGCUCAACAGAGUCCUCAUCAUCAACACGUCGACACUGGUCCAAGAGCACUGGUUCCAGGUGGGCACCGACAGCAGCCGCUGCGUGACCUGCAUGGUGUCGUACGGUCAGGGCGUGUGGCUGGCGCUGCAGGGCAGUGCGCAGGUCCGGYUGUAUCACGCUCAGAGCUGGGAGAGCCUGACGGAGGUGGACGUGGCACCCGCCGUGCACAAAAUGCUCGCAGGUGCCGAUGCMAUCAUCAGACAGCACAAAGCUGCCUGUCUCAGAAUCACAGCCUUGCUGGCCUGUAAGGAUCUGUUAUGGAUCGGUACCAGUGCAGGGGUGGUCCUYACUCUGGCAAUCCCAGCGGUGAGGUCAGGAACCGGUGCCGAGACRCUGAAAUCUCCUCUGGUGCCGAUGGGAUCGGCUCACGGUCACACAGGACACGUUCGGUUCCUGACGUCGAUCGAGCUGCCUGAGGGGUUUGACGUGAACUUCCCUCCGGCGGCAACGGACUCUACAGGUAAUCAGUCUCAGAGCAGCGGCGUCAUYGACAAGAACUCGCAACGGCGGGACUCCACGCACCGCAGAGCCUCCGCCCACAUCCCUGCCAAAACCAACCAUCUUGUUAUUUCUGGUGGAGACGGCUACGAGGACUUCAGGCUGACCAACAGCAGCGAAACGGUUGGGCGGGACGACAGCACCAACCACCUGUUGCUUUGGAGGGUUUGAGAUGAUCAGACAGCCAAGUCCAUUAUAGCUGCAGUGGUCUGCUGUCCUGAAYGAUCCUCACUUUUUAGUGUUUUCAUUUCGGUGUCCUGCUCAGUCCACUGGUCUCUGUGUGCACAGCACUCCUCUCUGGACUUAAAAAUGAAUAUGACCAUGCAAGAACCUUUUUUUUAUGUGACUACGUCUCCAAGCUCAAGUUUUGACUAACAAACAAAGAACAGAAGGAAUAAACGAAACUUUCACAAAUGGAAGUGGACGAGUAAGGACCAUGAAGAGAAGGACGUCUGCAUGGCAGCAGCACUGAAGCAUCGAGUGUAUCUUGAAAAGAAUCUCUGAUUUUGGAACGUAAAAGACUGUAAAUUCCAGCAUAAAUAAUAGCUUAAAAUGCAACAAUAUUAAAUUGGUUCUUAUAUUUUUCUGCUGAAAUUGAAACCUAGUGGAGUAUUUGGGGCGGUCUGAGAUAUUAUUGGUGUAAAAACUAAAUGUCCAGUGUCUUAAACUCGAUUGCUCAAAUUUGAACAUUUCCAGAUGUUUGUAACUCUGUUAGGAUUGUAAUAAGAUUCAUUUUUUCAUUGCUGAUUAUACAUGUGCGUCUGCUGUUUUCCCAGUAGAGGGAGCAUAAGUAAGAGCAUCAUUUUAGUGCAAUAUGCGAUGACACUACGACCUAUAAUUGCAUGGCCUUACUCACCGAGUCAAAGUGUGUGCUCUGUGCAGAUAAAAGCGUUCUAUUUUCCUAUUUUUGUUUGGUUUUGCUGCCAGUUAAAGAUGAUUAACAUGUAAAUGUGUCCGUGUCAAACUACUGGUUGGACAAAAAAAAGUGCAUUGGAGACAUUCCUCCUUAAAGUGACCAUGCCAAAGCUUCGUGUGAGUUUCUCUGCCAUAAAAACAUAGUUGAGCGUUCUCUCAGAGAAGAAAAAAAGACUCUUUAAAGAUGACGCCAGGCUGUGGUAUCAGUUAAAGAUAGUGAUGUACAGUAUUUAUGCUUUUGGAUUUUAGCACAGCCUAUUUUUURUUUUAUAGCACUUAAUUUAUAGAAGAUGUAGCUUUUUUCACCUUUUUUUUCUGGAAAAAAGUCUCCAGCUCAGUUAUGAGAGUAGAUAAAAGCCCAUAGUCUAUCUCAGGCAGACACACAGAUACAUAUACUGUAUGUUAGGGGUGAGGAAAGGAUGCAGAUGUAGACAGAAGAUGAUUUAUCAGUUCCACCGUUUUGCCUCCGGUUUUUGGACCAACGCUGAACACAACCUCUGUGUUGCCUGUUUAUGUGCCAAAACACUCAGAUAUGUCUUGUGUGUCAUUUCAUGCUACAGAAGAUAUAACUAUAAUGCAAAACCAUACAAAUUCAAUAAAAAAGUGAUCAUUCAGUAACAAAA